AUGGUAUGUGCUUAUUGUUUCUGGAUUUUCCGAGGCGUACAAUAUGCGCUGGACAGACUCUGGGACUUGUGUACUUUGUGGCUUAUACCCAUAAAUCAGGCUAAGGUUUCCGUCCCUCGUAUGGCAGCGAAUUUUUCACGUUUCAAGUGCAUACUGAGGUUGGUUAAACUCCCCCUUGUUUCCAAGCAAGUAGACCUACGCGUCAUGCAUUCCUCGUCUUUGCAUUCCGGGGACAGCUGGAAGAAGGCCGCAAGUAGAGGUCCUCCGCUUUAUCCGCACCCAUCUGGAUUGGUGCGUGCAGGCUUGCCCGCCAUGCCUUAUUCGGUACAAAAUGGAGCUGGAGAGGGUCAUGAGAGUAGGUACGCAAUUGGUCGAGGUGUUACGGGGGGCCUUGGUACCCCGAGCGUCUACCUAGCUUGUGUGUUUAUUCCAUGCACUGACGACGGGUUCGAGGAG